AUGUCCGACGACGAUCACACACAGACGGGCUACGAAGAUGGACUCGCCGGCGGUCCGGGUGCGCCCUCGCCACUUUCGGUGCUGGAGGGAACGGCAGGCCUCACGAAGCGCGACGUCCAGCUGUUCGUCGAUGCCGGAUACAAUACCGUCGAGAGCAUAGCGUACACCCCCAGAAAGAUUCUCGAGACAAUAAAAGGCGUCUCGGAGCAGAAGGCGACCAAGGUAUUAACCGAAGGUAAGAGCAAUGUUCGGUCCACCAUCCGCAGUCGGCCGCUAACUUGCCUUUGCAGCAUCGAAGCUUGUGCCCAUGGGAUUCACGACUGCCACGGAGAUGCACCAGCGAAGAUCAGAACUCAUAUCCGUCACGACCGGCUCAAAGCAGCUGGAUACACUACUAGCAGGCGGCAUCGAGACGGGUAGCAUCACAGAGCUCUUCGGAGAGUUCAGAACGGGAAAGAGCCAGAUUUGCCAUACCUUGGCGGUAACUUGCCAGCUACCGUUUGACAUGGGCGGCGGCGAGGGCAAGUGUCUGUAUAUCGAUACGGAGGGAACUUUCCGCCCAGUGCGACUGCUUGCUGUCGCCGAUCGAUACGGGCUGUCUGGAGAAGAAGUGUUGGACAAUGUCGCAUACGCACGCGCAUAUAACUCGGACCACCAACUUCAGCUGCUUAACCAGGCUGCUCAGAUGAUGACAGAGACUCGCUUCUCCCUGCUUAUCGUCGACAGCGCUACAUCACUGUAUCGGACUGACUUCAACGGCCGUGGCGAGCUCUCCAAUCGACAGACUCAUCUGGCCAAAUUCAUGCGCACACUCCAAAGACUUGCCGACGAGUUCGGUAUCGCCGUCGUAAUCACAAACCAGGUCGUUGCGCAGGUAGAUGGUGGCCCCUCGGCAAUGUUCAACCCGGAUCCCAAGAAGCCCAUUGGUGGCAACAUCAUCGCCCACGCUUCGACCACCCGCCUGUCGCUGAAGAAGGGCCGAGGCGAGACGCGUAUCUGCAAGAUCUAUGACUCGCCCUGUUUGCCAGAGGCAGAUUGCAUGUUUGCCAUUACCGAGAGUGGAAUCAACGACCCACAGCCAAAGGACCUGGAGAAGGACUGA